CCCUACAAUUCACUCUAAUUCAAUAACAAAACAUCAAUGCGAAGAAAAGAGAACUUCAUUUAGGCUCAUAAAAUGGCGCAUGAAAAUCACGGACUUCCUCCAGAGGAACACAUUGAUCAUUGGAAUGAAGCAACUAACAUUUAUAUGGUUGUCAUUGUUGUGUCGCUAUGGUUCUUUUUCUACGUUCGCAAGAACAAGGGAAGGAUUGUGAGAAUGCUAACUAUGAAGAAGACAACAAGAGAUCAGACAGAUUUAAUGAACAGCAGAUAUAAAGAAGAACUUCAGCAGGUCAGAUUGAGACAACAACUAGAAUCAUACUACGUCUCUCGAAAAUGGGAUCAAGGUAAACCAGUCAGCCAAGAUCAUCACGUCAACUUGAACGGCAUGUGAGUGACACAUGAUUGACACGUGGAGGACCAAACAGUUCUGCUGGUGUCAGAACACUUUUGCAUCUUGGAACCACAUUAUGGUGGAAGAGAAUGAUCUACAUAACGGCCUGGUGCUGGUUUGGACCGUACGGUCGAUGGAACGAAUGACAGGUGUUUUGGCUUUUGUUGAACACCAUGCUCCAUCUCCAAUGCUGAUUCAGCUGCCUGCUAUAGGUUAUGUGUCAAAGAAAGUUCUGAGAGACAGGCAUGUGUGGAAUGAGAGACGUCUGGCUAGACUGGCUUCAAUCCUUGAUGUGCCAGGGUUUAUCAUUCGGAGCGGUAAUAUUUUGUGACUAGCCGAGUCUCCUGAGAUGGUUUGAAUGACUGAGAAAUGCUCCUUGACCAGCCAUACGCAGAGACAUACCUGUAAGCUGCUUGAUGUGCAUGUACUGUAGUCUAAUGUUCCAAAGGUUACCCAUAAAAGUGCUUUAAAUACAGACCAGGGGGGUGUUUCACAAAGAAUAAGAUUGACUUUAAGUUGGACUUAAAUAUAGCAGGACAAUCAUGCCACUGGUUGCUCUCACCAUUCUGAUCU